CUAGAGAAUGUCACGCACUACGCCUAUGGCCAGCAUAAUGACGGAGAAGUUGGGUUUUGGGUUGCGGGGCGGGCGGGGUGGUUCUCCAUCUCUCCGGCGAAGGGCUACAAACCGAUGUUCAAUGAGGUAGUGGAGGCGAUCGAUCUGUUAUAUUUUCUAGCGGAUCGACACAAGCGCAAGAGGGGUAGGAGGAAGUUCGAGGGUCCCAGUGUGGAGUAUCUAUUUGAGGAGUAUGUCAGCCACACGCAUGGGAUCUGCGAAGAUGCAGAUGAUUCCGCCGAGGUGUUCUACAAGCAUCAUAACUUCUUGCUGUCACGGAUGUUGAAGGGGGAGGAGAAUGUGCAGUGGUCGACAACGCAUAUUCUCGCCCACCUGAGCGAAAGAUUUCCAGAGGAUUAUGAACAGAUCAAGGCGCAGAUUGAAGGCGUGGACGAGGUCGAAUCUGAGGAGGAAGAAGAGAGUACUCCCGAGAAGACGGACGAUGAAAAAGGCCGCGUAGCAGACUCGUCAGGGUUGACGAACGCCGAUGCGAAUUCGAUUUACCAAAUGAUCCUCGAUCUCAAGGAAGAGGGUUACUUGGCUAAGCGCCAGCUAAAUCUCGACCUUGUCGCAUCUACGCUGGUCGAUCGAUUCGAGAUUGACGACGACGAAUAUGCGCACAGUCGGAUUGCGGCAAGCGCCGAAGUCAUCCUAGAACUGAUGGAUGAGGCGAAAACAUCUUCAUUUGACUGGUCCAGAAAAGUCAUCUAUCGCGAGCUGAGGGCGGCUUCAAAGCAACAUGGUGGACCUUCGCAGGAGGCGAUGACCCCGCUGCGUCCGCGCAUGUUAGAAAGCGAGGCAUCCUCUCCUGAAGACAGCGACCAAGAAGACCUUCCCCGAUUGCGCAAACGUCGAGUCCUCAAGUCCGUUCUGCGGCCUAAGAGUGCAGUGGCCACGAAACGAACGGGCAAGCGCACGCGCAGUGCAGCAGCCGACACGGACGAGGAAUCCGACACCAAUGCAGACGCUAUGGACGAGUUCGAAACGCCCAGCAAGGUGCGAGGGCACGAGCUUGUCCGCGAUCCGCUAUCAACCCGCGCCAAACGCAGGACGCGGUCGAUCUUGUCCGACUCGGAGUCCACAGCACCUUCUAUACAGAAGACCUCGCUGCAGGAUGUUUUCCAGAGCCGCAACACGUCCGUCUCCGCUGCCGAUAUCGACGCACAUCCUCACGAAGAGCCCGCAGCGAAUGGCACUAACGGCGAGGAUGUACAGUCGGAUACAUGGACAUGCCAGGUCCGAGGCUGCGGCAAGGUCGUGUACAAGUGCAGCACGAAACGCGGCAAGCAGCUGAUCGAGGAUCACUCGCUGGCUCACGCGGAUGAUACCAAAGCAAAACUCGAUCUAGUUUUUGCGGAACAGCGACUCAACAUCGGCCUCCCUGUGGAUAACCUUCUCAAACGUAUCCGGGAGAUGGCAGGAGGGGAGGACACCGGCCUUGCGGAUACGGAAGGCGCGAUGAACGGCGCUUCCGACGCAGUAGGAACGUAACCGGCAAGCAUAGAACGAUACACCAAGAUACCCACAUGAAGUGACGAUGAUGAUGGCUGCUCUUUCCAGCACAGAAAUGAGUGUUGCGGUACUCGGGUCAAUAUCCAUCAUGGCAGGCCGCCUAACCAUGAAAGGCUAGACAUACACCUACGGUGUAAAUACCGGUUCCUCGUAUUAAUUGUCCCCAAGUCCCAGAGCAGGUAAACAAUGUGACUGAGAAGCCACCUUUACCGGUGUGUCUGAGCACAAGACCGAGCAACAGGCUCACACCACAUUAUCGGAGAUGCAAUGGGUCGCUUCCAUAGUAUGAUGAUAUGACACCACAAUGAGAUACCACUUU